UCGGGCGGGCUCUGCUGAGCAGUGUGCUUCCGCGGGCUCCGGGGUCGCUGGGGCCUCGUGGCGGGGCGGCUCCGCGGGGCUUGGCCCGUUGCCUCCCCUCCCCCGUACCCUCUCGCGGCGCCCGGCGGGGCCUGUGCUUCAGCCGGAGACCCGGAAAAAGGCAUGCACAUUGGGCAGUCUUUGAGAAGCCUGGAUGUUGUUGGAGUAAAAGCUGCUGCUAUUUUUAGUUUGCAAGUGAAGAACGAAUGUCAUCAUGUCUGGAAUCAAGCGAACAGUCAAAGAAACUGACCCUGAUUAUGAGGAUGUAUCUGUGGCCCUUCCAAAUAAGCGGCAUAAAGCAAUUGAGAAUUCAGCUCGAGAUGCUGCUGUGCAGAAGAUUGAGACUAUUAUCAAGGAACAAUUUGCACUUGAAAUGAAGAAUAAGGAACAUGAAAUUGAGGUCAUUGACCAGCGACUAAUUGAGGCAAGAAGGAUGAUGGAUAAACUUCGUGCCUGCAUUGUCGCAAACUACUAUGCUUCUGCAGGACUUCUGAAAGUUUCUGAGGGAUCAAAGACAUGUGAUACAAUGAUUUUUAAUCAUCCUGCUGUCAAGAAAUUUUUGGAAUCACCAUCUAGGUCAUCAUCUCCUGCCAAUCAGAGAUCAGAAACACCAUCAGCCAAUCAUUCAGAAAGUGAUUCUUUAUCUCAACACAAUGACUUCUUAUCUGACAAAGACACUAACAGCAAUGUGGACAUAGAGGAAAGACUCUCAAGCAACACAGAGCAGAGACCAAGCCGAAAUACUGGAAGGGACACUUCUGGUAUUACUGGCUCCCAUAAAACAGAGCAGCGGAAUACUGAUCUUACAGGAGAUGAGACUUCACGACUUUUUGUAAAGAAAACAAUAGUAGUGGGCAAUGUGUCCAAGUACAUACCUCCUGAUAAGAGAGAAGAAAACGACCAAUCAACCCACAAGUGGAUGGUAUAUGUCCGAGGGUCUCGUAGAGAACCCAGCAUUAAUCAUUUUGUCAAGAAAGUUUGGUUCUUUCUUCAUCCCAGCUAUAAACCAAAUGACCUUGUGGAAGUUAGAGAGCCUCCUUUUCACUUGACCAGAAGAGGCUGGGGUGAGUUUCCUGUCAGAGUUCAAGUACACUUUAAGGACAGCCAGAACAAGCGGAUAGAUAUCAUACAUAAUCUGAAGCUGGACAGAACUUAUACUGGCUUGCAGACUCUUGGAGCAGAGACGGUAGUGGAUGUUGAGCUCCAUCGGCAUUCUCUUGGAGAAGACACCGUUUAUCCUCAGUCCUCCGAGUCAGACAUCUCAGAUGCCCCACCAUCCUUGCCUUUGACCAUUCCAGCCCCUGUGAAAGCGUCCUCACCAGUAAAGCAGUCACAUGAGCCAGUACCUGAUACCUCUGUGGAGAAAGAAGGAUUCCCAGCCAACACUGAAGCUGAGAGACACACUACAUUUUAUUCUUUGCCAUCUUCAUUGGAACGAACACCCACCAAAAUGACAACAUCCCAGAAAGUCACCUUUUGUUCUCAUGGCAAUUCAGCUUUUCAGCCAAUAGCAUCAAGUUGCAAAAUUGUGCCACAAAGUCAGGUUCCUAAUCCGGAGUCACCUGGAAAAUCCUUCCAGCCUAUCACCAUGAGCUGCAAGAUUGUCUCAGGUUCCCCUAUAUCAACCCCAAGUCCAUCGCCAUUGCCUCGAACCCCAACUUCCACUCCAGUCCAUGUGAAGCAAGGCACUGCCAGUUCUGUUAUUAAUAAUCCUUAUGUUAUCGUGGACAAGCCAGGGCAGGUUAUUGGAGCCACCACUCCUACUGCAGGAAGUCCUACCAGCAAGCUCUCUACUGCCUCUCAGGCCUCCCAAGGAACAGGUUCCCCGAUUCCUAAAAUUCAUGGAAGUAGUUUUGUAACAUCUGCUGUCAAGCAGGAGGAUUCUUUGUUUGCAUCUAUGCCACCUCUUUGCCCAAUUGGGAGUCACCCUAAGGUUCAAAGCCCCAAACCUAUAACUGGAGGACUUGGAGCUUUCACAAAAGUAAUCAUCAAACAGGAACCUGGAGAAGCCUCUCAUGUACCAACAACAGGAGCUGCCAGCCAGUCACCACUCCCUCAGUAUGUGACUGUGAAAGGGGGUCACAUGAUAGCUGUGUCCCCUCAAAAACAAGUCCUAACUGCUGGAGAAGGGACUGCCCAGUCACCAAAGAUUCAGCCCUCUAAGGUUGUUGGGGUUCCAGUUGGGUCUACCCUACCUUCGGCAGUGAAGCAGGCAGUGGCAAUCAGUGGUGGCCAGAUCCUCGUAGCCAAGGCCAGCUCGUCUGUCGCCAAAGCAGUUGGUCCAAAGCAAGUUGUGACCCAAGGAGUUGCCAAGGCAAUUGUGAGUGGAGGUGGAGGAACCAUUGUCGCUCAGCCGAUGCAAGCCUUAACCAAGGCUCAGGUCACUGCUGCUGGCCCUCAGAAGACUGGAUCCCAGGGUUCAGUAAUGGCGACAUUGCAGCUGCCAGCCACUAAUUUGGCCAACUUGGCAAAUUUGCCUCCUGGCACUAAGCUCUACCUUACAACGAACAGCAAGAACCCUUCAGGAAAAGGAAAACUGCUGCUGAUCCCUCAAGGAGCCAUCCUGCGGGCUACCAACAAUUCUAACCUCCAGUCUGGCUCAGCUGCCAGUAGCGGUGGUGGUGGCAGUGGCAGUGGCAGUGGAGGAGGAACUGGAGGAGCCCAGAGCCCUGCCGGCCCUGGAGGGAUAUCCCAGCACCUGACGUACACAUCUUACAUCCUCAAGCAAACCCCUCAGGGCACGUUUUUAGUUGGCCAGCCAUCACCCCAGACAUCUGGAAAACAGCUGACUACGGGGUCAGUGGUGCAAGGAACACUGGGAGUCAGCACAUCCUCUGCACAAGGACAGCAAACGUUAAAAGUCAUCUCUGGACAAAAAACCACUUUGUUUACCCAGGCGGCCCCGGGGGCACAGGCAUCUCUAAUGAAAAUAUCUGAUAGCACAUUGAAGUCUGUGCCAGCCACCUCACAACUCUCAAAGCCUGGAACCACGAUGCUGAGGGUAGCAGGAGGAGUUAUUACAACUGCCAGUUCCCCAGCUGUAGCCCUCUCAGCAAAUGGUCCUGCGCAACAGCAGUCGGAAGGAACAGCUCCCAGUUCAUCAUCUGCUAUGACUUCUGUAAUGAAAACUUCUGGGCAGCAACAAGUGUGUGUGAGCCCAGCCACCAUGGGACCCUGCAAGGCUGCUACCUCCUCUGUCAUCAGUGCUACGUCCCUGGUGUCCACACCAAACCCCAUCUCUGGAAAGGCCACAGUAUCAGGAUUGUUAAAGAUUCAUUCCAGUCAGUCCAAUCCCCAGCAGGCUGUUCUGACAAUCCCCAGCCAGCUCAAACCACUCAGUGUAAACACAUCUGGAGGUGUGCAGACUAUACUGAUGCCUGUGAAUAAAGUGGUUCAGUCAUUUCCUACCAACAAAUCACCUGCCAUUCUGCCUGUAGCUGCCCCAACUCCAGUUGUCCCCAGCUCUGCUCCAGCAACUGUUACAAAAGUGAAGACUGAACCAGAAACACCUGUGCCAAGCUGCCCCUCUCAGGAUGGUCACACAGCAGUGAAAACAGAAGAAAGUUCUGAGCUGGGAAACUAUGUCAUUAAGAUAGACCAUUUAGAGACUAUCCAGCAACUCUUAACAGCAGUAGUAAAGAAGAUCCCUUUAAUCACUGCAAAAAGUGAAGAUGCCAGCUGUUUUUCUGCAAAAUCUGUGGAGCAGUAUUAUGGCUGGAACAUUGGGAAAAGGAGAGCUGCUGAGUGGCAAAGAGCGAUGACAAUGCGAAAAGUCUUACAAGAAAUACUGGAAAAGAAUGCAAGAUUUCAUCACCUGACCCCGCUUAAAACCAAGCACAUUGCUCACUGGUGUCGCUGCCAUGGCUACACCCCACCUGACCCCGAAAGCCUGAGGAGCGACGGGGACUCGAUCGAGGAUGUGCUGACCCAGAUUGACAGCGAGCCAGAGUGCCCGUCAUCAUUCUCCUCUGCUGACAACCUCUGCCGGAAACUGGAGGACCUGCAGCAGUUUCAGAAAAGAGAGCCGGAGAAUGAGGAGGAGGUGGACAUCCUCAACCUCUCAGAGCCGUUAAAGAUAAAUAUCAAAAAAGAACAGGACGAGAAACAGGAAGAAAUGAAAUUCUACCUGCCACCAACACCAGGCUCUGAAUUUAUUGGUGACAUCACACAGAAGAUUGGGAUCACCCUGCAGCCUGUGGCGCUGCAUAGGAAUGUGUAUGCGUCGGUGGUGGAAGAUAUGAUUUUGAAGGCUACAGAGCAGCUGGUCAGUGACAUCCUGAGACAGGCUUUGGCGGUUGGAUACCAGGCAGCAUCUCACAACAGGAUUCCCAAAGAAAUUACAGUGAGUAAUAUUCACCAGGCCAUUUGCAACACUCCUUUUCUGGACUUCCUCACAAACAAACACAUGGGGAUAUUGAAUGAAGAUCAGUGAACAGAAUGAAGAUGCCCCUAGGAAAGCAGGAUUCGAAGUCUUGAACUGUGAUGAUUCUUCUAUUUGGGAGAGAAGGUCGUUUUCUGUGUGCCUCGGAGUAUGAUGGCUACUAAACCAUUGCCUCCACUUAGUAACACCAGUGUUCAGUCCCAGGUCAAAUCCUUUUAGGAGAGAAGUUUGUUUCCUGAUUCUAGAGUGAAGCCAUGAGUGGAUGCAUGCUCUGUCAGCUUGAAUCUGUUCCCUCUCCGUGCAGGCUCCAUCAGGGUCUCCAUCAGAGCAGGGUCAGGCCCCAUGUAUCAGGCCCUUCUGUCCUCUGCGUGUUUUCCAGUGGGCACCUUGGGCCUGAGUCUCCCUCCAGGAGGCAGAAAAAGAGUCUGGCAAGCUAGAGAUUUCACCCAUUCUGUGGGCUGGGGUUACAGGCACCACCACCACCACCCUCUAGUUACCCUGAUAACAUCUGGAGGAGGGCUGGGCUUCGGCACUCAGACCCCAAGCAUCGGCUCGGGAAGCAGUGAUGCUGUGUGGAAGACACACAAGCCUGGGAGGCUGCAGACUGAGAAUGCUUCUUUCAUGGGACACAGGAGCAUUACUACAACCAGUCUCAGAGCAUUGUCAAGGGAUGGACAGAUCCCAGCAUAGGUCAGGAGAAGGUUUGACUACAACUGAGAAGCUCUUAGCCAUAGACAGUACCCACAAAGCCCGGGCACUUGGCAGACUCAGGCCAGCUUUGAGUGUGUGCCGGGCAGAGAGCUGGUUCCUCACCAUUGGCGUGGUCUGCUGGAGCUUCUGCUGCUGAAUCCACGUUGAGUGGCCAGUGGGAAGCAGCCCCUUGGACAGUUCAACCUAUCCAGUGGAUUUGGUGUCUUGUUCUUCUCUGUCAAGGAGUUUUUCCCAAGAAGAAAAGUGUUUUAAACACUUGUGAGUGCCUUAAAGGUAGAGAAAGGACUGUCAAAGGCAAGACACAGGGAUGUCAGUGCUCAGAAGCAGUGAGAACAGAUUGUGUCAUAGGCAGAGGCCAUCUCAGUGGGAGGCAGAAGUGGUCGGAAAAAGGAAAGUUAGCCGCGCCCUGCAUGAUGUCCAGUUUCAUUAUAGACACUUUACCCCAAUCCUCCUGACAGUCUGUAGAAGUAAAGAAUUUAUUCUCAGCAGUUAGGAAUCUGCUCCAAGAAAAAGUGAAAGCUGUGAGUCAGAGCCAAAGAAACUUAUCCAAGCAACAUAAUUCACGUUUUCAUGAAUCCUCUAGAUGUUCGAGUCAGGAGAAGGCAGGGAGGCAACUACAAGAAAUCUGCCCUUUAUUCAGCAUCUGAGGACAGCAGCUGCAGAGGGAAAUUACUCAGUAAGGCAUAGGGCACGUCCUGGCUUAGUAAUAAAACAGUUCAGUAGUAAAGGCUCAGAUAUUCCAUACAUAAAAUACUCCAAGCAAGGUUAAUGGGCAAGUGUAGACUCAUUCAGCAGUGGACUGUGACUCAGAUCUAAAGAAUGAAGAUUUGCUCCAAAUGAGAACAGAGUCAGUUAUUACAGGUGUGAAAGCCUCAAGAAAUUAUCUUUUUGCAAAAGAAAUAGUAAGCGAUUUAACAGUCCCCAUAUAUGUUAAUGUUGCAAUGAAAUGUAUUUGUAUCAUAAUAUGUAACAUAAUUGUGUAACAAAAAUAUCUACAAUAAAUCUUUCAGUAUU